AUCGCGAUGUCGACUACGGGUCCCAUAAGUAAUUACUAUGUGGAUUCCUUGAUCAACCAUGAGAGCGAGGAUGUUUUGGCGACUCGUUUUUCGACUGCUGGUCCGACGUCCUCCAGUUCACGACCGACGCCUCUCGUACCGGAAUGCGUGGAUUAUCCAUCCUGCAGCUUCGCCCCUAAACCACCCGUUUUCACUACCUCUUGGGCCCCUGCUCAUUCGCAAUCGUCGGUAGUUUAUCAUCCGUACACUCACCAGCCUCACAUAGGAACAGAUUCAAGGUACGUUCGCUCGUGGCUUGAGCCUAUCCCCGGCACUGUGUCCUUUUCAGGCUAUGCAGCUAAUGGCCGACACUACGGGCUAAAGCCUGACGCUUUUCAGGAUCCCCGAACUGCAGACUGUUUGACUUCAAACGGGCGCACCUAUUCGGAUUACGUCUACUGUUCGGCCGUCGACAUCAGAGACAAACAGCAGAAUGCACCUUCGCCUGAGUCGGAGAUCCUGUCUUCCGGGAAGCACAAAGAAGAGAAGGCUGAAUUGGACCCAAAUAAUCCCGUGGCCAACUGGAUCCAUGCGCGCUCCACAAGGAAGAAGCGGUGUCCAUAUACAAAAUAUCAAACACUUGAACUCGAAAAGGAAUUUUUAUUCAACAUGUAUCUAACCAGAGACCGGAGAUAUGAGGUAGCUAGAGUGUUGAACCUUACGGAGCGACAGGUCAAAAUAUGGUUUCAAAAUCGACGGAUGAAGAUGAAGAAAAUGAAUAAAGAAAAGAGCGACAACAAAAAAUAAUGGAUCAAAACUUAUAAGUAUACAGACUGGUAGAAACUUUUAAAUACCAUUGUCUUAAGUCUUAACAGUUAGCGCUUCCCCGCUAUAAAUUAACAAAACACACAAAUAUUUCUUGUAACUUGUAUUUUACCAACUUUAAAAUUUGCUAAUGUACCAACGUUAACAGUAUUAACAAUAUAUUUUUAUUGCACAACAUAUUUGAUUUUAGAUAUGUUUGUUAUUUUUAUAUCCCCUACAGAAACUACCCGGAGUAGAAGUGAAAAGUAAUACCUGAACUGUUAUAUUCUAAGUUCAUUAUUUAUGAGUUUUACGUCGAUGUUUUUCCUUGUG